AUGAAUCUCGACGUGGCUAACGAAACAACAGCGUACUCGCUGGAGGACACUAAUGAAAUCGCCCAAAAAUAUACCCCGCUCUUCGAUGGUUUCAAUGCGGAUCAAUACUACAGCACCGAUUUCAUAGCUAAAUCUGGGAACAUCACCCCAGAUGAAGGGUUCGAUUUCUCAAGAAACGAGGAAGUGUACUACACGCACUUACUUACCUACCGUAACGAAGCAGACAGGUUCGAUUUCUUGGACCCAGCGUACCAGGACGAUGUGCAGAACAGUUCGGAGAACUACCAGUCCAUCCUCAGCGACUUGUCAGACAUGAAGAGUGAAUUCAUAAGGCUUAUAGAUCGAGUGGACGAUAUCCUCGUUAGACCAGUCGACAGUUAUCAGCCGGAGGGACCCAUCGAGGACAACAAUUCAUACCCACUGACAUCAAAUUUCCUCACUGUUUUGAACAACCUUCUGGAUACAGACACCCAACACAGAGACUCGCCCGCAGAAAGGGAUGCGGCAAGGGUGUACGCAAGCCACGCGACAGUGAACGGUACCACGUUACAGCAGAGCGCGCCUGUUACCCCCGAAUCGGCAGUCUCGAGGAGUCCGAGCCUUGUGGAUGAGGAACCCUGCUCCAAAUUGAACAAUUGUGGUGUGAUCCUCAUCAAAUGGCCGGAGUCCAUUGACCAACUAUGGGACGAGUACGCGAAGGUGCCAAGUGAGUGGUCACAGGAGUUCCUGAUGACUUUCUUAAUGAAUUGCAACAAACUAAAGGAGGCAGGGGAGAUAGAGCUAGAUAUGAAACUGAUUCAAAGAAGGAAAAUGUCCAUACGACAGCUGGAGGCUAAAUUCGGAUCCUCCUGGAGGAACAAGGAUAAAAAUUUCUCGAGACAGAUCAACAGAAGGAAGAAAAUAUGGAUGGCGAUCGAGGAAGGGCUCAGCGACGGGCUCACUUUGCGAGAGUGCAUUUCGACAUUGGAGACGUACACCGAGUGCAUGGGUAAGAGUCUCAGCUCCUUCUAUAGGGGCGUGCCCUUCAGGAUUAAAGAUAUGAAGAUAAAUUUCGAGAAAAAUGGAACCUCGUAA